GGGUCCGGGCGGUGGAGGGGCGGGGGCGGGGUGGAGCCGCCGCGGGCCGGGCCACCUUAGUGGCGCGGGGCUCAGUCCCCAGCUCCUGCCUGGGCUCACACACGCGCUUCCUCGCCUGCACUCCUGGACGUCCGGAGGCGAAGGUCCCGCAGCGUUCCCCGGAAUCCGGGUCCCCGAGAGUCCGGGCUCCGCUCCUCCAGCCGCGCCCGGGGCGCACGAGCCAGCCAGCCUCCGGGAGAGCGCGCUGGGCGCUGCGGGGGUCCUGCGGGAAGAUGCGGAAGCCCGACAGCAAGAUCGUGCUGCUGGGGGACAUGAACGUGGGGAAGACGUCGCUGCUGCAGCGGUACAUGGAGCGGCGCUUCCCGGACACGGUCAGCACGGUGGGCGGCGCCUUCUACCUGAAGCAGUGGCGCUCCUACAACAUCUCCAUCUGGGACACAGCAGGGCGGGAGCAGUUCCACGGCCUGGGCUCCAUGUACUGCCGGGGAGCGGCUGCCAUCAUCCUCACCUAUGAUGUGAAUCACCCACAGAGCCUGGUGGAGCUGGAGGACCGUUUCCUGGGCCUGACAGAAACAGCCAGCAAAGACUGCCUCUUCGCCAUCGUGGGGAACAAAGUGGACCUCACUGAGGAAGGGCCCUUGGAGGGCCAGGAGAAGGGAGAGUGUAGUCCCGAUUUGGAUGGCGGGGGCUGUGUCUCCCCCAGGGUGCCUAAGCAGGUGCAUCUGGAGGACGCGGUGGCCCUUUAUAAAAAGAUCCUGAAGUACAAGAUGCUGGAUGAGCAGGACAUGCCGGCCGCUGAGAAGAUGUGCUUUGAGACCAGUGCCAAGACGGGCUACAAUGUGGACCUCCUGUUUGAGACCCUGUUUGACCUGGUGGUGCCAAUGAUCUUACGGCAGAGAGCUGAGAGGCCGUCACACACGGUGGACAUAUCCAGCCAUAAGCCACCCAAGAGGACCAGAUCUGGGUGUUGUGCCUGACUUUCAAGGGCCCCCCAGACUCAGACUGUGCAUGUGGAAAGGGGGCUAAGCAGGGAAGCUGUGGUCUGAAAGGGGCAAGGAACACCGGGGAAUUAUUUUACAGAACAACACACUCAGUAGAAUGAAGUGGAAAUGGCAGCUCGGUCUGAAGAGGAGGUCAACGUGUGUGGUCUCUUCAGUCUGUGUCCGAGGGCUGGGGAGGUGGGGAAUGGGAAUCCUCUGCAAAGCCCAAUCUGCAGAGCCGAGACCCCUGGCACUCUCUGCCCUGCUGCCUGGCACUGGUCCUUCUCAGCCAGCCUCCCACGGCCCCCUCACCCUCGCACAGGCAGAGGAGAAGCCCGGGUCUGCACCUGCGCCUCUGACCCUUUCAGCAGCCCUGGCUGUUACCACAUCCUACAGCUUACAUGUGUCUUGUUCUCAAGCAUUUCUCUUCACCGUGAGUUGUCUUUGGUCCUCGCACUUGGUACUUGUAUCUUGAUGCUUUAUAAUCCUGACUCUCGACAUGUUAAUUUAUACAAAUCAGGAAUAACUGUUUUAUACCGAUUGCAGCAAUGUGGGCUACAUGUAUUAUUAAAGAGGAUUUUGGGAAAACC